GAGGCAACAUCCUCUGACUGCAGAGAGGGGAAGCUGGCCUCACUGUGUCUCUCCGCUUUGCAACAGGUAGCACCUCAACUACAAACCGCUCCACCAUUACUCGAAAUCCUCAACCACUGCUUUAUCUUCAUGUCAGGAGGGGAAACGGCCUGUCAGGUUUUUUUCAGUGGAUCUGAUCGGAGAGGUGCAGCAUUUCCUCUGACACUUUUGAUAGGAAUAUAAACACCAAACAAGAUUUACAAAAAAAUAAAAAAUAAAUAAAGAAUUCCAAAAUCUGAAAAGUAGGAAAAAUGAUGAUGGAAUUGAGGAUCCAGCUGAUACCUACGGGGGAAAUCAUCCUUCCUCCAGGGAAGAAUGGAGAGAACUACUGCCACGGCUGCAAGGUGGUGGCUAGUGACGGUGUCCGGGCUAUGAUGGAGUCGGCCCUGACAGCCAGAGACCGGGUGGGGGUGCAGGACUUUGUUCUGCUAGAGAACUACACCAGUGAGGCAGCUUUCAUAGAGAACCUGCGCAAACGCUUCAAAGAGAACCUCAUCUAUACAUACAUUGGUUCAGUGCUGGUGUCGGUGAAUCCAUACAAAGACCUGGAGAUCUACACCAAAAACCAUAUGGAGCGAUACAGAGGAGUCAACUUCUACGAGGUCUCACCACACAUCUAUGCGGUGGCAGACAACUCAUACCGCUCCCUGAGAACAGAGAGGAAGGACCAGUGCAUCCUCAUCUCUGGGGAGAGCGGCGCUGGAAAGACAGAGGCAUCCAAGAAGAUCUUGCAGUACUACGCUGUCACUUGCCCAGCCAGUGAGCAGGUGCAGACCGUCAAAGACCGCCUGCUGCAGUCCAACCCUGUGCUGGAGGCCUUCGGCAAUGCCAAGACGUUGCGUAACGACAACUCCAGCCGUUUUGGCAAGUACAUGGACAUUCAGUUCGACUUCAAGGGCGCCCCUGUGGGUGGUCACAUCAUCAACUACCUGCUGGAGAAAUCUCGUGUGGUCUACCAAAACCAUGGGGAAAGGAACUUCCACAUUUUCUAUCAGCUGAUCGAAGGAGGGGAGGAGGACCUGCUAAGACGCCUCGGUCUGGAGAGGAACCCUCAACAGUACCAGUACCUUGUCAAAGGUAACUGUCCCAAAGUGAGCUCCAUCAAUGACCGCAGUGAUUGGAAGGUGGUGAGGAAAGCUCUGAGUGUGAUCGGUUUCAAUGAGGAUGAGGUGGAGGAGCUGUUAAACAUCAUCGCCAGCGUGCUUCACCUGGGGAAUGUGCAGUACGGCGGGGAAGAAGGCAACGCCUGCAUUACCUCUGACACACAGAUAAAGUACCUGGCCAGGUUGUUAGGGGUGAAUGGGACGGUGCUGACGGAGGCACUCACACACAAGAAGAUAAUCGCCAAGGGAGAGGAGUUGAUGAGCCCAUUGAACCUGGAGCAGGCGUCAUCGGCUCGGGAUGCUUUGUCUAAAGCAGUGUACGGACGCACCUUCACCUGGCUUGUGAACAAGAUCAACGCUUCACUGGCAUACACGGAUGACUCUUUCAAGAAUUACUCUGUCAUCGGCCUGCUGGAUAUCUACGGCUUUGAGGUCUUCCAGAACAACAGCUUUGAGCAAUUCUGCAUCAACUACUGUAACGAGAAGCUGCAGCAGCUCUUCAUCGAACUCACCCUCAAGUCUGAACAGGAGGAAUAUGAGGCUGAAGGCAUCACGUGGGAGCCGGUGCAUUACUUCAACAACAAGAUCAUCUGUGACCUGGUGGAAGAGAAGUUCAAAGGCAUCAUCUCCAUUCUGGAUGAGGAGUGUCUGAGACCCGGUGACGCCAGUGAUUUAACCUUCCUGGAGAAGCUGGAGGACACACUAGGAGGACACCCGCACUUUGUCACUCACAAGCUGGCCGAUGGAAAGACCCGGAAGGUAAUGGGCCGUGAUGAAUUCAGACUGCUACACUACGCUGGAGAAGUCAACUACAAUGUCAAUGGAUUUUUGGACAAGAACAACGACCUGCUCUUCAGGAACCUCAAAGAGGUGAUGUGCAUGUCAGAAAACAAGAUCCUGAACCAGUGUUUUGACAGAGAGGAGCUGAGUGACAAGAAACGCCCCGACACGGCAGCCACACAGUUCAAAGCAAGUCUGGCGAAACUCAUGGAGAUCCUCAUGUCGAAGGAGCCGUCGUAUGUCCGCUGCAUCAAGCCCAAUGACUCCAAACAAGCAGGUCGAUUUGACGAUGUACUGAUCCGUCACCAGGUCAAGUAUCUGGGGUUGAUGGAGAACCUGAGGGUGAGGAGGGCUGGCUUUGCUUACAGACGGCGCUAUGAAGUCUUCCUUCAGAGGUACAAGUCUCUGUGUCCCGACACGUGGCCAAACUGGGAUGGGAAACUUGCGGAUGGAGUUGCCACAUUGGUCAAACACCUGGGAUACAAGCCUGAGGAGUACAAACUGGGCAGAUCAAAAAUCUUCAUCCGUUUCCCAAAAACUUUGUUUGCAACCGAGGAUGCAUUGGAGACCCGGAAACACAGUCUUGCCACCAAGCUGCAGGCUGGAUGGAGAGGCUACAGCCAGAAGUCCAAGUACCAAAAACUCAGAACUGCAGUUAUUGCCAUCCAGGCAUGGUGGAGAGGGAUCCUGGCCAGGAGGAGGGCCAAGCGCAGGCGAGAGGCUGCUGACACGAUCCGCAGGUUUAUCAAAGGCUUCAUGUACCGCCACAAGGAGCGCUGUCCAGAGAACGAGUACUUCCUGGAUUAUGUGCGUUACUCCUUCCUCAUGAAGCUGCACAGGAAUCUGCCCAAAAAUGUCCUGGACAAGAGCUGGCCAACGCCUCCAGCUGCUCUCACUGAGGCAUCAGAGCAUCUACGAAAGCUGUGCAUGCAGAACAUGGUGUGGAGCUACUGCAAGAAGAUCAGCCCUGAGUGGAAACACCAGAUGGAACAAAAGAUGACUGCCAGUGAGAUCUUCAAGGACAAGAAGGACAACUACCCACAGAGCGUGCCCAAACUGUUUGUCAGCACCAGACUCAAUGGUGAGGACAUUAAUCCCAAAGUGCUGCAAGCACUAGGCAGUGAGAAGAUGAAGUAUGCAGUGCCAGUCACCAAGUACGACAGGAAAGGCUACAAAGCUCGGCCCCGACAGCUGCUGCUCACCGGCAGCAGCGUGGUCAUCGUGGAGGAGGGCAAAGUCAAACAGCGUAUCGAUUACGGAGCUCUCAAAGGUAUCUCUGUCAGCUCUCUCAGCGACGGCUUGUUUGUUCUGCACGUGCCCAGUGACGACAACAAACAGAAGGGAGACGUAGUCUUGCAGAGCGACCAUGUGAUUGAAACCUUGACCAAGCUUGCAAUCUGUGCCGACAAAGUAAACAGCAUCAACAUCAACCAGGGCAGUAUAAAGUUUACAGUGGGUCAGGGGAAGGAGGGGAUCAUAGACUUCACACCUGGAUCAGAGCUCCUGGUGGCCAAGGCGAAGAACGGACACUUGUCUGUGACGGCUCCCAGACUGAACUCCAGAUGAUGGCCGUCCUGACCUCACCAGGUGCACACCUUUGUACUCCUGGCCUCCCAUCCUCCAAUCACACGACUGCAGAUGCCACUCUGCCUAAGCAUAAGUGCUUCCAAUUAAAAAAAAGAAAAAAAUCAAGCAAAACUAAUUGAUAUAUUUAUGUUUAUAUAUUAUAUUUUGGGGAUUAAUACUUUUGCUGUUUGAAUAUUCUGAUUUUAUAUAUGAGGCCAAGGAAUAACAAAUAUUUUUGGUGCAUUUUUCUUGCACCAUGUGUGUUUAUUGUGCUUUAUUUGGGAUCAUGACCAAGACAACGAUGAGGGAAGAGUCAGAGUAAGAGACAACAAUGAGCAGAAGGAGCUUGUUGUUAGAGAAAAUCGGGGUUCUUUGUUGCCUGUAGCCUCUUUUUUUCCAGUUUACCUGUUCUGCUUGACUUGUAAGUUUGAUAAUUGUCUUGCUGACACUACUUACAGGGUUGGAUUGCUUGUUAUAAAAGCAUAAAGGUGUAAGGAAAAAGGCUGACAGUAUGUAGGAUGGCAGUUGAGAAGAGUAAAGAUUAUGGUUCAACCAAAGCGGGAGGCUUCUGCACCCAAAAAGCUGGUAUUAAUGUCAGAUGGUGGCUCAUUAAAUCAGAGCAAAGUUGGAUUUAGCACUAGGUAUAUUUAGAAAUCCAUUUAUACAGUUAUGAUACAUGAGAAGGCAUGUCAAGAGGGCUCUACUCUAAAGAAAUAGAUGGGAUACAACAUAAAUGCUGCAAAUAGGAACAAAGUAAGUGAGCAGUGGUGGAGAAAAGGCAAGAGAAAAGUAAAAAGGAAGAUAAAAGAGAGCAGCAGUUUAACCCCUGGUGCUUGUGCCUUUCUCUUUGACUAAUUUAUUUAUAAUUAGUGAGAUGAGCUGUAUAUUACUGUAUGAAAAACCAUGACACUCUGCAGCAGAAUGAGUCGAGUUAAGUGUAGAUACAAACUGUAAUCCUUCAACUGAAAUUUGUUUUUUUCUUUUUCUGGAACCACGUAACCCGCUCAGCCAAAGGCCAACGCUUCCUUCACUCUACUGGUCAACAUUUCCUGAGUUAUUCCGUCUCUCCUGUCGUCUUUGUCCUUCAGACUCCUCCCUCACCUGCCUGUUGUCUCUCGAAGAGCUUUGUUUCUGCUAUGACUGAACUGGUCUAAUGGCUACGCUUGACUAGGGCUUUAACUUUAUUUUUGUAAAUGCUACCAAAAAUUAUUUUAAAAAUAGGGAAAUACUUAGUUGAAAUCAGCAUAAAGACCAAUUUUUGAGGUAAAACACCAGUUAAAGCCUUAUUAAUGAACUUCUGUUUUACUUAAAUUAUCUCAAAAAAUUGUCAGAAGCAGCCCAAUCAGUAGAUUAAUGCUGAACUGUGUGAUUUGAAUAUAUGUGUGGCCCACAGUGUCACACUUUUCUUUAUAAAAGUGAUUAUGUUGAUGGAGUAAACAUCGAGUAAAUGCAUAGGUUACAGUAACUUUAAUGUCAAAUGCAAAACAUGGUUUUGUGCUGCAUGUAAUGCUCCACAACCAACAGAAAAUGAACCAAUGGCAGCACAAUGACCUUUUUUGUUUUCAGAAUUCCCACAUGCUUCCCUGAGCAUCAGUCAUGACUUCCUGUUGGAUGACAGCAAUACGGCAACAGCAGCCUUCUUUUGGAAAUGUAGUAAGCUUGUUGUAUUGUGUUAGGCUUGUAUUUCAGUUGAUUAAAGCCAGGAAUGAAGUGCACAAAAACCAAGACUAUUAGUGUUUUAACGGUCUGGACUCCGGAUAUGGAGCUAAAGACAGGGAUGGACCUGCUCAAACAGGGACAUACAGUCACCCUCAUUUAAAAUUAAAUCUUUAAUGUCAAACACAGACCUAAUGCAAGGCCUGACUCAGCUAACUUUAGCAGCUUAAGAUAAUUCGCAAGAAUAUUUUCUAGAAUAAGCUGACUUUUCUUGAGAGCUCUUUGUUGAAUAUUAAUGACUGAAUAACUUCAAGUUCAGGCUUUGUUUAGCUGAAGAUUAAGGAUCAUAAUCUCAAAUAUUUUUAAAGAAAAUGUCAGCAUAAUCCUGUUGUUUAGCUCGUCGAAGCUACUGUCAGUUGUUUUUAAGUUAGAAAUGUGACAUUUUAAAAAAUAACUUCACUGAGGCGCGUCUUUGCACAGCUUGAUUUUCUGUUCAUUCAUAACUCAAACUCACUGCACACCGCACUCUAAGCUAACAGAUAAUAUGCCCAUCUGCGAUAUUUAAAAGCUCAUUUUCUCUGCAUCACGUGACUUUAUCAUUUUUGUAUUUCUGGCAUUUCUUAAUUGCCUAAGUUGUCAACAGGAUAGCUCAACAAUUGGUCCAUGAAUGGAGUUUAAGAACAAUAUUCAUUAAUAACACAUCCACAUAAGUAAUUGUAUUGUUAUUUAGAAAUAUUUAAAACAUGUUACAAUGGGGUUACAUUUUUUUAUGCCACCUGUUGGCCUACAGAUGAGCUCACAUACUUAAAAAUUCUGGCAAAGCCAGUUUACAUCCAAGGAUUUCUCACAUAACAAAUUGCACACUUCAACUUUGAAAUGUGAACGUCAGAUUUUCUGUAAUGUGAAAAUAUGUGAUUUUGGACACAGUUCAAGAAUGGAAGAUCGAUACCGCCCUUAGUCAGUGAGCUAACUGUGAGCUCGCAGCUUCGACUUAGUUGAGCAUGUGUAAGAAAAAGCAAUUCUCUAAAAAACUAAAUGACAAAAAUUUUGGAUGUGGAUUGAACUGAUUCAGAGAGUUUAGUUUUGUUUCCUUAAAGCUAAAUUCAGUAAUCUAUUCCCCUGUUUUUCCAGUCUUUCUAUGAGGCUAAGCUAUCCGUCUCCCAGCUCUAGCCUUCCAUUAAAUGCUCUUACUGCAUAAAAGUGUCAUCUGAUUCUCAGCAGUUAAAGCCCAUUAAUGUAUUUCAGAAUAUUGAACCCCUCACAAGUGCCUGAAAGUAGGCUCUAUUAUCUUGAUAGCCAUAUGACACGUAGUAACUCAUUUAGUUAUGACCUUGAACAGACUAUAUUUUAUUAUUAUAGCUAAAAAUCACCCUAGUUCAGGCCAAAAGCCACCUACAGACCAGUUCCACAUCAAAUAUCUUUCUAACUAUCGACCAAAGACUGAUCCUUAGAAAAAUGACUCCAAAAUGUUUCCAAGUUCUCUCUCUUUUUUUUCUAGACUUCUCUUAAUGGCAGAACUUUCUUUUCCUCUGCACGACACAGGUGCAAUAAGCCGAGGCAGGACUGUGCUACUGCACUUAAAAUGAGCUAGCCAAAGACCAUGUUGAUUCUCUAGUGAUUUUGUGUUAAUGAUUUAUAUAUUACUUUGUCAGUCUUGAAUGUUAAUGUUUUUUUCUUCAGGAGGGAGAUCUUUAUGUACAGUUUGUGUUCUGUGUUGUAAAUGAGAGAUUCAAGCCGAGUGGCGGUUUGAAGAUGUGAAACGUUUGGUGAGAAAACGCUUCUAGCAUUGCUUGUUAAUACAAACUGUUGAUGUGCCUUGUUGGAUAGCAAUGCAACAGACUAGCGUAAAAUUUGAGAGAAAUACCUCCCUGACUGAGUCCUGUCUUUGUGGCCAUUUAUAAAAUUCCCCAGCAGCACCUGAACGCCUCCUCCCUCUGUGUGUAUAAGCUUUAUUCAAGCCAGAUCCCAAGUUUAUCUUUUGAUUUACAGAUGCACUCCUGUUAUCAGUCCUGAUUUACUGUAUGCACCGCACCAAUGUAUAAUUAUGCCAAUACACUAAGAGAUAAGAUACUAAAGAUUUGAAAAAUAAAUUUGAAAAGUAAAAACAAA